UUGGCUUCUCCCUCCUUCCGCUGCUGAUCCGAGGCCGCCAUUAAUACCCCCACCCCACCUCGCCACGAAGGACCCAAUCCCAAUCCCGAUCCCGCUAGAGGAGCAGACCCUCUGAUUGCUCGGUCCAUUGAUCUGCAUCGCAAUGUCCGGCGACAAGGCGGCGGUGCAGGCGGGCGGCGACGCGCAGCAGCAGAAGCCCGGCGGCGGCGGGAACCGGAUUCAGGUGUCCAGCUCCAAGAAGCCGCUCUUCUUCUACGUCAACCUCUCCAAGAGGUACAUGCAGCAGCACGGCGACGUCGAGCUCUCUGCGCUCGGGCUGGCCAUAUCAACAGUGGUGACCAUUGCGGAGAUUCUAAAGAACAAUGGUCUUGCCAUUGAAAAGAAGAUUAGAACAUCCACUGUCGAAAUCAGCGACGAAAUGAGAGGCCGGUCGAUCCAAAAGGCUAAGAUUGAGAUAUUGCUGGGAAAGACCGACAACUUCGAUGAGCUGAUGGCCGCCAGCGCUGGAGAGGCAACCGCAGGAGAUGCCGAAGGGCAGUCCUAGAAAGUUGAAGUGUCUAGUUUUUCCUUACAUUUUUUUUUCUUUUUGCCUUCUGGGUAUUUUGCUGGCUCUGGUUAAAUUAUGAGAUGCUGGUGCUCGAGAUGAAUUGUGUUUUGGUGUGUCCACUUGCUGUGUGGCGUUUCUGAAACAAUAUAUAUGAAUUUGAAUUACAUUCCUUUUGUA